AUGACCUCCCGAGAAGUACCUGAAUUGCCCAAUGAUGAUGUUAAUUGGUUCCUAAGAGACUUGUCAACUAGUUCGGUUAACACAUCCAAUAGUGAGAGUGUUUCCAGUGGGAAGAAUGAGGAGGAAAAAAGGAAGAAAACUGACAAAAUAAAUAACAAGGAGGAAAAAGGUAAAGAAGAGAAAAUAGAUUUGGGAAGUCAUUUAACAACAACGAUAUCAAACUCCAAUGAUCAUAUAAUAUCGAAAACAAAGCCUUCAAUUGGAACGAUACAUGAAGAACCUGUUUCAUCCUCAACUAACUUCCUAUCAAGAAAACGUACUAAUAGUUUGUCAUCACAAACGUCAAGUUCAGGUUUGUUUGGAAAAUUGAAAGGGAAGUUCCAUAAGUCUCCACCAACUUCACCAAGCUUAGGGCCUUCGGUUUUCAAAGACAACUUCACCAUGAACUUAAAAAAGACCAUGAGUAAUGAUGAAAGGUCGAAGGUAGAUAAAUUUGAAAAAAUCGAGAGACCUACUAAUUCUAUCGAUGCCAUGAAUCUCGAUGAUCCCAAAUUGGAUGAAUAUAUCAAGUUUUAUAAAAAACCUGAUUCAAAUUCCCGCAAAUCUUCUUUUUCGGAAGGCUGUCUUUUGAAUAAGCAAGAGUGUACUGACUCCAAUACUUCAGGUAAGUUUUCAUCUUUUUUGAGACGUAAAUCAAGUGUUAAUUCCCAUUUGCCAACCACUUCUAUGGCAACACAAUUUAAUCGAAGAAGUAGUGAAGUCAAUAAAUCGGAAAGUGAAAAGUUUAACAGCACGAAUUAUUAUUCCACCAAUAGUUCCACCACCACCGUGAUCAACGAGGUUCCUAUAUUGCCCGAAUUUAGAGAUCUCAAACCUUUAAAAAGGGUUGCUUUUCAUUCAACUACGUUCUUAAUUGAUCCACCUCAACAGAUACCUUCAAGGACACCCAGGAAAGGUAAUGUUGAGGUGCUAAAUAACGGUUCCUUGAGAAUUAAUCCUUUGACUGAAGAUGACAAGAUUGCCAUCGAGAAGAGCCAAUUGGGUCAAGGUGGUGGUGUUGUUGUGGGAGGUACAGGAUCGUUACACUACCUUCCUAAAAAUGAAGACAAGGAGAAAGAAAAUGAUAAGAAUCUGAUAUCUAACGAACUGAAAGACAAGGAAGUGGAUGAAAAGAUUGACAGCAAAGCCAAAAAUCUUGGAAUUGAGAAGCCGGUUUUCUCUAACAGGUCCAACUAUACUGCUCCAGUGGAAAAAAUGGCUUUGGAUCUAAUGUACACCAGAUGUUGUCACUUAAGAGAAAUUUUACCGAUCCCAGCAAUUUUAAAACAAAUUCCCAAGAAUUCUAUGGCCCCAAUUCCAUUAUUGCAGUUGAAGAAUCCAUUUCCUACCAUGAUCGAAAUUCAGACUUUCGCUGAUUUCAUAAGGAUCGCUCCCAUAAUCUGCAUAUCCUUAGACGGUAUUUCUUUGUCUAUUGACCAAUUCAGAAUUUUGUUAUCUUCAAUGAGUGCCAAAACUCAAUUGGAAAAGUUGAGUUUAAGAAACACGCCAAUCAACGAAGAAGGUUGGUCUCUUUUGUGCUGGUUCCUUUCCAGAAACAAAGUCUUGAGCAAAUUGGAUAUUACUCAAUGUCCGGCAUUAUCUAUAAAUGUUUUAAAGAAACGGAAAGUUGAAAAGAAAAAAAAUGAAGAGGCUUUGGUUAGAAUGGUGUGCAAUAAGGAAAAUAGAAGUGAUAUGGAUUGGUCAUUGUUUGUUGCUACUAUAAUUGCAAGAGACGGUAUUGAGGAGUUGAUUCUCACUGGUUGUUGUAUCUUAGACUUGACAAUAUUCGAAAAGUUGAUCCAGAGAGCAAUUGCAAUUAAAACGAACAGAUUAGGUUUAGCCUAUAACAAUUUGAAUGUUAAGCAAAUUGAAGUUUUAACAAAGCAUUGGAUGUUCAAUAGUUAUGUGAGAGGAAUUGAUUUGGGUUAUAAUGACUUCUCUCUGGAGGAAUUUUUCAAUGUUGUGAUUAAUUAUGCCCAUGAUUUAGGUGGUGAAUUUGAGAAAAAGCUUAAUAACUCUCAGAUGGGUUUUAUAAGUUUGAAUUCAACAAAUAUAAGAUUCUGUAAAGAGUUUCAAUUCAUAAAUGAAGAACUUUUUCUUAAGCUUCCUCAAUUAAGAUACCUUGAUUUGUCGAAUAAUAACAAGCUUUUUAAUAACAAAUUGUUGGAUAAAAAUUUGAAAAUAGAAUCUACCGAAUCUUAUUUUACUUCGAAAUUACCAUUGUAUUGUAAUCUUGUGAGGAUUCAUUUAGAGAACAACAAUUUGACCAAAGAUCAAAUCCUUGCCAUAGCCAACAUUCUUCCAUUUUGCCAGCACUUAAGGUAUAUUUCUUUGCUUGGUAAUGAGAUAGACUUGACUGUUGCAGCUGCAUUAAUUCAAUCCGUGAAGAACAGCAAAAAAAUCAUGACUUUGGAAGCGGACUUUGACAAGGUCCCCUCUUAUUUCAAGGAAAGGUUGGGACUAUAUACAAUGAGAAACAUGGAAUAUAUGAUGUACCAGGAUGGUGAUCAUGCGGACCUGUCUGAUUCCAAAGAUCAUGAGAAUUUAACAAGUCAAUACUAUGAAAUAUUGGAAUUGAAAACUAACAACAAGUUGGACUUAAAUAGUGACGUAGUGAAAAACUUUUUGGAUCAAGCGAAACAAACUAAAAUUGAAUUACAUGAUUCGAUCAAUGAGCUCAAUAAGUUGAGACUCCAAAAUAUCUUGAAUCUACAAGGAAAGGAAACAUUAGUGAGAUUGAUAUUUAUAGACUCCUCCAUUUCCAAAGCCAUCAAAUCCAUAGAUGAAACUUUUAAAGACGAGGAUUUGACCAAACACUACACUUUGAGUGAGCUGAAAAAUGAAGCUGUGAUUGAACCCGAAGACACCGUAGCUGAGACAGCUCUUGAAUCUCAAAAUUUAAAUUCACCAGGUUUAAUCUCAAGAUCUAGUUCGAAGACAAGUUUGAACAAAUUAAACCUGGAAGAGGGAAAUGUCCAUAAGUUAUCUAGCAUUGACAAAAACACUUUCUUCGAAUCCACAGAACAACUUUCGGGAGAGGAAAUCAGAAAGAAAAUUGCCUCCGUGAGUUUGGAUCAAUUGGGCGAUAUAAUAAAAUUCGUGAAGGCGUUGAAGGAGAAAGGUAUCGAGGUGUCAACUGUUUUUAAAGAGAUACAUAAAGAAAAGGAUAGCGAAGGUUUGGAUAUUGACUUCAUAACCAAAAAGUUAAAAAAUAUGCACACUGACAAUAUUCGUAAGCCCACAGUAACAACGGCAGAUAAUCAAAAAGGUGAGGAUGGCUCAGAAGGUUUAUCCACCCCUAUGAACAAUGAUCCUUCUAAUUUAUUACAAACUGGCGAGAUGAAUGAACUCUAUGAUGAAGUCUUACAUAAUUACAAAAUCAAGUAG